AUGAUGCCCACCAGCUGGCCUCCAGCGCCACCUCCAGGCGUUGCCUACGGCGCUCCUCCUGCCAACUAUGCUUACCCUCCCACAUACACCGCAGUCCAGGCUCGACAAAGUUUCGGCCAGUAUCCUCCCCCACCCGCACCUGCCUACACAGCGACGCCGUCGCCUAUGGUUGCUCCCUUCGACCAGAACGCUGCGGCGCCUCCUGUCCCGCCCACACGCAAAGUUGAAUGGCCUCCUUCCGUGCGAGAAUAUGUCCAAAAGUCCUUCUUGCCUAGCAAUAUGGAUCCGUCCGUGUCUCGCCCCGACAUUGAAGCCAAGUUGAAGGAGACCAUUUCGCAACACAUGGAAAACGGCACCCUUGAGUCCACCGAUUGGGAGAAAAUGCCCUUUCCCGCCGCCCUGAUCAAGAACGAGCGCCAGUCCCAGUUCAACUCCUCUAUGCACGUUGCGUCUCCCUUUGAAUCGCGAUAUGACAACACCCUGUCGGCCAACCCGAAGAAGCGGAAGUCCUCUGAUUUUACCCCGGAUGAGAAGUCUUCUACCGUGCCUUGGCGUACUACUAACAGCAACCGAUCCAACGCCCUCGAAGACCGCAUCACCUUCGCUUCCCCCGAUAAACGCGCUAGCCUCGACGAGCCUCUGCCCAAGUCAAGUAAGUUCCAGAAGCAGAUGGAGAAGCGACAACGCCGCUUUGAUGGCGGCUACAAGUCAUCCUACCGCUCGCCCAGCCCCCCGCCCUCUGAUGGUCCUGUCGUCGGUACCAGCGAAACGCUGGAAAAGCGCUACCUGCGUCUGACCGCUCCUCCCGUUCCUUCUCAGGUCCGGCCUGAGCGCGUCCUCCACAAGACGAUGGAUCUCCUCAAGAAGAAGUGGAAGAAGGAGGCCAAUUACUCUUACAUCUGCGAUCAGCUGAAGUCCAUGCGUCAAGACCUGACAGUCCAACGGAUCAAGAACGAAUUCACAGUGUCCGUAUACGAGCUCCACGCCCGCAUCGCCUUGGAGAAGGGGGACCUUGGUGAGUAUAAUCAGUGCCAAACCCAGCUGCGUACCCUGUACGCCAAGGGACUGAAAGGGAACCCCAUCGAGUUCAAGGCUUAUCGCAUUCUGUAUUUUAUUCAUACCGCCAAUCGUACCGGCCUCAAUGAUGCCUUGGCAGAUCUAACCGCAGCAGAGAAGGAGGAGCGGCCCAUCAAGCACGCGCUUGAGGUGCGUUCCGCUCUUGCCUUGGGAAACUACCAUAAGUUCUUCCAGCUUUACCUCGACACUCCCAACAUGGGAGCAUACCUCAUGGACAUGUUCGUCGUUCGUGAGCGUCUCGCUGCCCUGUGCAACAUCUGCAAAGCGUACAAGCCAGACGUAAAGUUACGAUUCAUCACGGAGGAACUCGGCUUCGAGUCCGACGUUGAUGCGGCUCAGUUCAUUGUCGAUUACAACGGUCAGCACCUUCUCGAAGAACGACAAGAGUAUAUUGCUCUCUUGACCGGCAAAGCCGGAGCGCUGUUCGACUCUGCGAGAUCCGAGGCUUUCCGCAAGGUUGACAUCAAAGGCCAGAUAUGA